AUGAAACGAACGAUAAGGCUUUUAAUAUUAUGCCUAACUACUGUACUAGCAGCCACAGAUACCAAACAAGACGCUCCACUUUCGAGAAUAAGCACUCCUGAUAAGAAAGCACAUUUACUCAACAGCAUCGCAAACAACAAUUUUUACUCAACAACAGCCAACAACAGCGCCAUGCCGACAGAGAAUGACGUCAUAAUACAACAGGAGCAUAAUUUACUUGGGCUAAUGAUGAUGAUUGUUACAAGACUGAAGGGUUUGAGGUCACUGAAGCUAUCGGAUUUGAGCUAUGAAGUAUUGACUAGACUUUUUGCCAUGUUCAUGUCAUUAAUAUUUGGACAGAAUGUUAAUAUACUAUGGCCACAAUUCAUAAAUAUUGCUGUGCCGUUUUUGAAGUUGCUAACUGCGUGA